UUACCUUCAGUGGAUCAAGAAAGCAAGAUGGUUAAGAAGUAUUUUUCAAAAUUGUUAUUAAUUAUUUUCGUUUUACUGUCAAAGUGCAUUCCGAACGUACAAAGUUGUCACAAUCCUGAAGCUGUUGAUUUAAUCUUGUUCAACUUUUACAUCAACCCAUACCAGCAUCAGGUCUACAAUGUUCACAAUUUCCAUGAGAUAUUCAACCAUUCAUCGUUCUUACGGAAUCGGAACACUGUCAUAUAUCAUUACGGGUCGUCUCAAACAGCAACUUCUUCACCAAUCGUUGAAACUAUUGACACUUAUCUGAGUUAUGGGAAUGUAAAUUUUGUUCUUGUUAACUAUGAAAGCAUAACGACAAAUGUUAGCGGUAACUCUUGCACUAUCGGAGAAAACAUAGCGGAAGCAUUGAUAAGAUUAUUCAACAGUGGUUACAGUCCAAAACAAGUACAUUUGGUAGGAUUUUCAUCAGGAUCAACAGUUGUGGCAAUUGCUGGAAGGGAGAUUAUUUCAAGGUCAAAUCAUCAACAUGUCAUUGAAAGAAUUACUGGACUUGAUCCUGGUCAGGGCCGAGAAGAAAUGCGACUUCGAAUAGGAGAUGCUAAAUUUACAGAUACAGUUCACACUGAAGGUGUUGGAUUUGGCGAUCUUAACACACGUGGUGAUGUUCAAUUCUUUGUUAAUGGCGGAGUCGUCCAACCAAUGUGCCAUUCACUUAUCCCUCAUAUCGCUUGGACAUGUUCGCAUCUGUUUGUCAUCACACUUUGGAAUGAAUCGAUCCGAACACAACAUUUGUCAUUUGCUUCACUUCAAUGUGAAUCUUGGGAACAUUUUUUGCAUAAUGAUUGUAAUCAUAACGCACCUGUUGGACAUAUUGGUCCAUUUACGUCAUCAGCACUCCGUGGAUCUUAUUUUCUAGAAACCAAUCUUCAACCUCCUUACUCUAAGUAAAACAUAUUUUUAAUGAUAGCUUUUAGAGGACUUAAAAUGCAUUUCAAUGUUUAAAAUAAUUCUUGAAAUUGUAAAAUGAGAGAGAAGAAAAUAAAACUUUUACAUUUCUCUUCUGUC